AUGGCUCAAAUGAUGCGGCUUCUCCUGAUAUCAACGAUGCUAAUCAGCCUCAUUUGUUCAUAUGAGGAUGUAACUGAUUAUGCGUAUAAUCAAUUUAAUACUCAAAGAAGCUGCUGGAGAUUACCAUACAUGACUACAGUUCUGGACAAACGUUGCAUCAUAACAUCAAAAACAAAAUGCAAUCUUCUGCCAACGAUUUUUGGCCAACAACCAAUUGAGUAUGAUGAUGUUUUAUCGGAGAUAUUCGAAUUAAGGAAACAAGGUAGUUUAGAGUUUGGUGUAUCAUAUGAGGCUAAGAACAACUUUUAUACUCUACGCAGCCAACCAAAUCCAACUGCUGGAUACUUAUGUCAAGUAGAUUUACCGAAUUCAAAUUGUCCUAAUAGCAAUUGGGUAUAUUUCGGGAGUUCAUGCUACUUGCCGGUUAAUGAACGACUAAGCGCUGGGGAAGCUCAAGAAUAUUGUGCUGUCCGUGAUGCUUACCUUCCUCUAAUUAUGUCAGAUCGUGAAAAUCGAUUCCUAGCUCAAUUGGCUAAUGAGAAGUUUACGAAUUAUGACGUCCCAGGUCGUCCCAUAUGGCUUCCUCUUUUAUAUGCGCCUUUUAACGCACAAAACUGGAGAAAUAUCAUGACUCAAUAUAGCAUUAGAUAUCUGAGAUGGAAGAAUAAUUUACUAGGAAACGAAAUUCAAAGUACUAAUGUUAAUGAAACAAUACCUGCAGUGCUUAUGUACACAGACAAAUUUCCUCCGCGUACCAAUCAACUGGUAUUCGGAUACUGGGGAAUCAGACCAAGAAACGCACAAUUUCGCUUUAUUUGUCAAAAAUCGCUAAAUUAUAAACCAUAA